AAUGUUAUUUUUUUCUUUCAUUUAUGGAAUGAAAAUUUCUCGCCUGAUAUUUCGGUUUUUCACAAAUGUAAAACUUUUUGAUUAUAAAUUUUUACAACAUCAACGCUUAGUUUUUAAUCGAACAAUAAUAUCUACACAAAUUCAAUUCACAGCCGAAUUAACAAUACACUUUAUUUUGCCUAAUGGAAACAAAGUUUCAGGCAAGGCAAAAGAAGGUGAUACUCUAUUAGAUGUUGUCUUAAAUAAUAAUCUGGAUUUUGAUGGAUUUGGUGCUUGCGAAGGAACCCUAUCUUGCUCAACAUGUCAUCUUAUAUUUACACAAAAGGAUUUUAAUAAUCUGCCACAAAAAUCGACACCAGAAGAACUAGACAUGUUAGAUUUAGCUUAUGAAUUAACAGAAACCUCAAGAUUGGGUUGCCAGAUAAACUUAACCAAAGAAAUGGAUGGAUUAAUUGUGCAAUUGCCUAAAUCAGUUUUAGAUAAUCGAUUAUCUUAAAUAGAUAUUGCAUAGCUAGUAAAAUAUUGGUUAAAUGUGAUUUUUAAAAUUAUUAUAUUAAAUAUAUGCUUUAAUUAUAUAUAAAAAUUAUAUUAUACUUCUUUGUUAUUUCCAAGAAAAUUAAUUUUUUAUAGCAAAUUUAUUCUAAGAUAGUUAUAUUUUAUUUUUUAAAUUGAUAUCCUAUUGAUACCAUUAUGUGAUACUUAUAAUACAUUUGAUUUAUAUAUUACCAGCUUUAUAUUAUAUUUUUUUUAUUAAGACAAAAAUAUUAGC